CUGUUGGGCGUGUGCGUAUUUCUCGUUUUGCUCUGUUUUCCAUGGUGCAUUAAACUUUAUACCAAUUCCGGGCUGUUUCGACAUCUACAGAGCGCUUCCUCUGUGCAAGGCGUUGUGGGAGGUUGGGGAUAAGCUACACACAAUCCCUUCACCCAAGAUGCGGAUAUAAAUAACUUUAAUCCAAAGCAGGUUAUAGUUGCCAUAAGCAGACAGCUAGAACUGGAGUACAGAAUGGUUUUGCCUGGGCUUCAUGGGACUCCAAGAAAGUUAAGUGCGAAAAUCUGAGCUUCUGUGUCUGCAGCUAAAAGGUGCCAUGACUCAGCUGGCCCAGGAGAGCUUCGACAGGAGCGUGGAGGACGCCUGGGAGUGGAUGAGGGCUGUGCAGGAUCGGCUGCAGGUCAACGACAACACCCAGGGGCCCCGGGCGGCCCUGGAGGCCAGGCUGCGGGAGACCGAGAAAAUAUGCCAGCUGGAGCCGGAGGGGCGCGUGAAGGUGGACCUGGUGCUGCGGGCGGCUGAAGCCCUCCUGGUGUGCUGUCAUGAGGACCAGAAGCCCGCGAUCCUGGCCCAGCUGAAGGACCUCAAAGCCCAGUGGGAGGAGACGGUCACUUACAUGACUCACUGUCACAGCCGCAUCGAGUGGGUGUGGCUGCACUGGAGCGAGUAUCUGCUGGCUCGGGAUGAGUUCUACCGCUGGUUCCAGAAGAUGCUGGAGGUGCUGGAGGUCCCCGCGGAGCUGCAGCUGGGCCUGAAAGAGAAGCAGUGGCAGCUGAGCCACGCCCAGGUGCUGCUGCACAACGUGGGCAACGAGGCGGUGCUCCUUGACCGGCUGCUGGAGGAGGCGGCUUCCCUGUUCAACAGGAUCGGGGACCCCAGUGUGGACGAGGAUGCCCAGAAGAGGAUGAAGGCUGAGUACAGUGCCGUGAAGGCCAAAGCUCAGGCCAGAGUGGAUUUGCUGGAACAGGUGACGCGGGAGCACGAGGAUUUCCAGGCGGGUGUGGACGAGUUCCAGCUCUGGCUGAAAGCCGUGAUGGAGAAGGUGAGCAGCUGCCUGGGGCGGAGCUGCAAACUGUCCACCAAGCACCGUCUCUGCAUGCUGCAGGACAUCGCCGAGGAUUUUCCCUGGGGUGAGAAGUCCUUGAGGAGGUUGGAGGAACAGGCUGUGGGUGUGCUCCAGAACACCUCUCCUUUGGGUGCGGAGAAGAUCACCAAGGAGCUGGAGGACAUGCGGAGAGUUCUGGAGAAGCUGCGGGUCCUCUGGGAGGAGGAGGAGGGGCGGCUGCAGGGCCUGCUCAGGUCCAUGGGUGCCUGUGAGCAGCAGCGGCAGCAGCUGGAGGCCGAGCUCACGGAGUUCAAGAAGGACCUCCAGAGGCUGGCCGAGGAGGGCCUGGAGCCCGCAGAGAAGGCGGGGACAGAGGAAGAGCUGGUGGCCCGCUGGAGGCUCUACUCGGCGACGCGGACAGCCCUGGCUGCUGAAGAGCCCCGGGUGGCCCGGCUGCAGGCGCAGCUGAAGGAGCUCGUCGCCUUCCCCCAUGACCUGCAGCCGCUCUCCGACAGCGUGGUCGCUGCCCUCCAGGAGUUCCAGAGCAUGAAGGGGAAGAGCACCAGGCUGCGCAAUGCCACGGGGGUGGAGCUGUGGCAGUGCUUCCAGCGGCCUCUGCAGGACCUGCAGAUAUGGAGGACCCUGGCCCAGAGGCUCUUGGAUGUCACUGCCAGCCUGCCAGACCUGCCCUCCAUCCACACCUUCCUGCCCCAGAUCGAGGCCGCCCUGGCCGAGAGCUCGCGCUUGAAGGAGCAGCUGACCGCGCUGCAGCUGAAGAGAGACGUGCUGAGGAGCCUCUUCGGCCCCGACAGGGCCACGGCGCUCCUGGAGCAGGUGGCCGGCUCCGUGCGGGACAGGGACCUGCUGCACAACAGCCUCCUGCAGAGGAAGAGCAAGCUGCAGAGCUUGCUGGCUCAGCACAGAGACUUUGGGGACGCUUUCCACCCCCUCCAGAAGAAGCUCUCGGACCUCCAAGCCAGGGUCCAAGCCGAGAACGGGUUUCGGCACGACCUUCCUGGGAAACAGGCCCAGCUCCUGAGGUUGCAGGGGCUGCAGGAAGAGGGCCUGGACCUGGGGGCACAGAUGGAGGCCAUGAGGCCUCUCAUCCAGGGGAACCCCAGCCACCAGCACAAAAUGGACCAGCUUUCCACCGACUACCAGGCCCUGCAGGGGUGUCUGGAGGACCUCACGGACAGGUGCCAGCAGAGCGUGCAGGAACAUUGUGUCUUCAGCCACGAGCUGCUGGAGCUGCAGCAGUGGAUCACCAGGGUCACCCAGAAGCUAGAGUCACACCAGGAGGAGGCAGGCCCGUGGGACGCCCAAUCCCGAGAGGUGCAAGUCGAGAGGCUGCUGGCUGAAUUCCCGGAGAAGGAGGCCCAGCUGCCCCUGGUGGAAGCCCACGGCCAGCUGGUGAUGAAGAAGUCUUCUCCAGAAGGGGCCGCUGUGGUCCAGGAGGAGCUGAAGGAACUGGCGGCAUCGUGGCAGGCCCUGAGGCUGCUGGAGGAAAGCCUGCUGAGCCUCAUCAGAAACCAGCAGCUGCAGAGGACGGAAGUGGAUUCGGGGAAGAAGAUGAUUUUCACCAACAACAUCCCAAAGGCCGGGUUUGUCAUCGAUCCCACGAAUCCUGUUUCCAGGCAUCCCCGUCAGGGGAAUCUGCUCCAGGGAGAGGGCGGCCCUGAAGGUUUCUCCCGGCUCCUGAGGAACUUUGAGCAGUGGCUGGAGGUGGAAAACACUAAGCUGGUUAGAAUCAUCGCAAUGAGAAUGGCCACAGCCAAGGAUCUGAAGACCAGGGAAACGAAGCUACGGGAGCUGGAGACUCGGGUACCAGAAGGUCAGCAACUCUUCGAGGACCUCCUUCAUCACGGGCCAGCAAGUGGGACCUCAGACGAACUGGAAGACCUGCGUUACCGGUGGAUGCUGUACAAGUCCAAACUCAAGGACUCUGGCUACCUGCUGACACAGAGUUCUCCAGGGGAGCCGGCCGGAUUCCAAAAGACUCCACGGUGGCGGUGGCAGUGGCGGUGGCGAGGACUCUGCUCCCUCUUCCGGAAGGCGUGCUGCGUGGCGCUGCCCUUGCAGCUGCUGCUGCUCCUUCUCCUGCUGCUGCUCCUACUGCUCCCCGUCGGGGAGGAGAACCGCAGCUGCUCCUUGGCCAACAACUUCGCCCGCUCCUUCCGGCUCAUGCUCCGCUACAGCGGCCCGCCGCCCACCUAAGCCGCCCGGGCAGCAGGUGACUUUCUUCUCCGACCGUCCGCCAGCCCCGGAGGUGUAAAUACUCUAUUGAUGUUCCCACAACAAAACCACUUUUUAUACGGUGUCGUCUUAGUCUAUUUAUACGAAAGGCGUACUUCUGUGUGCCUCGGAAAGAAUGUAUAGAAUUUU